CACAGGAGCACAUCGCCUCAGACAACAGCAGAGUGUGGGAGACCGGUGACUGGGGAGAACACAAGCUGGGAGUGGGGAUCUGCCAAGUGACGCUCCGUUACCACACGCUGACAUUUGUCUCCACCUCCCGCUUUUGACAGACUUAUAAAUGAAGCUCACUCACACUGAGGAGGAGAGAAUCCUGCCUGGGGAGGUUCAUGCAGAUGCAGUUCUCGAAGACUCUCAAGACUUGGCAACACACGAGGAGCCUCUGAACUUCUUCUGACACAAGACAACUGGAAGGCAAUUCUCUUCAUACUUCAGCAAUCCAGGGACUUCUCCAAAAAGAUAAAGCUAAAAACAUUUAGAGGCAAAAUGCAGAACGCGGGAAUACUCGUCCUCAGCAUCGGCUUCAUCCUGGCAGACGGGUUCUCAACAGGUAAGAAGCAGUACCAGAUCCAGAACGGGGGCUGCAGCUACACCUUCCUGCUUCCCGAGCAAGAGAACUGUCCGCCCAGCAGCUACAGCAACCUGGCGCAAAAAGACGACCCUGCUGAUUAUGAUCAGUCGGUCCAGAGGCUGGAGCAGCUGGAGAGCAUCAUGGAGAACAACACGCAAUGGUUGCAAAAGCUGGAGAACUACAUCCAGGACAGCCUGAGACAAGACAUGGCCCAAAUUCAGAAUAACGCCGUGCACAACCACACGGCCACCAUGCUGGAGAUCGGCACCAGCUUCCUGACGCAGACGGCGGAACACGCACGGAAGCUUACCAGCGUUGAAGCUCAGGUUAUAAACCAAACGACGCGGCUUGAACGCCAGCUCCUCGAGAACUCCAUCUCGACCAACAAACUGGAAAAAGAGAUUCUCCUGCAGACCAAUCAAAUAAGCAAGCUGAAUGAAAAAAACGGUUUCUUGGAGAAGCGUGUGGAGGAGAUGGAGCUGCAGAGGCAGGCGGAGUUAUCGAGCCUCCAGGAGGAGAAGGAGCAACUUAAGCUUCUAGUGGAAAAGCAGACCAACAUCAUCAAGGAGUUGGAGCAGCAAAUGCUGCAAGCUUCCGCCGACAACUCGGCCAUGCAGCGGCAGCAGCAGGAGCUGGUGGAGACCGUCAACAGCUUCAUCCACACCAUAUCAGUCCCCACCCCUGGUAAAUCAGCAAUGAUGCAGGACACUCCCACCCAGUACAAAGACUGUGCAGCGGUCUUCAAGUCGGGAAACAAAGAGAGUGGAGUCUACACGCUAACUAUACCCGACACCAAGGAGCAAAUAAAGGCGUAUUGCGACAUGGAAACAGAGGGAGGUGGAUGGACUUUACUGCAGAGGCGAUUCAAUGGCCUUGUUGACUUUCAUCGGACGUGGAAAGAAUACAAAAUGGGAUUUGGAGAUGCUUCAGGUGAACACUGGCUGGGGAACGAAUAUGUCUCCAAGUUGACCAACAACCAGCAGUACACCCUGCGGAUAGAGCUCAUGGACUGGGAAGGGAAUGCAGCCUUCUCUCACUAUGACCAGUUCUCCCUCAGCAAUGAAGAGCAGAAGUACAGGAUACACCUUAAAGGCUACAGUGGAACAGCAGGCAAAAUCAGUAGCCUUGCCCAGCCAGGAAGCGAUUUUAGCACAAAGGAUGCAGACAACGACAAAUGUGUUUGCAAGUGCUCGCAACUCACUACAGGAGGCUGGUGGUUUGACGCCUGCGGCCCUUCCAACCUCAACGGCAUUUACUAUCAGCAAGGCCAGAACACCAACCGCUUCAAUGGCAUUAAAUGGUACUACUGGAAAGGUUCGGGAUAUUCACUCAAAGCAACCACUCUAAUGAUAAGACCAGUGGACUUCUGAUCAACCGACGGAGAGUCGCUAAAGCAAAGAAGCUUUCAACAAAUCCAUUGAGGGAAUCGUGCGCUCUGUAGGAAAAUGCUUGACAUUUAUCCACAGGAAAAAAGUUACUUCUCUUUGGUUUAGAGAAGAAAGCACUUGAGAUGUAGAGUAUUAAAUUGGUGAUUAAAUAAAAGAAAGUUAUGACACAGCACAUGGGAUUGUGCCAUGGAAGGAAGUGUCACAGGCAUAAGUUGCCACUUAGCUGCUUUACAAUGGACGUGCACUUAUGGACUGAACACUUGAUAGGGCUUCCAUUAUUCAUCAUGCAAAAAAAAAAACUUCAGGUGGAUAAAAGCAAUACAGAGAGUAUCUAUAUAUUUAUGAACAUACUGUAAAUACCACAUAGUUACCUACUAUGAUUUUUGAUAGUAGAUACAAAAAGGUACAAAAGUAAUGGAAAAUGAAGCAUAAGGGUUCUGGACUUUAGUGUAUGUAUAUAUAUAUAUAUAUAUAUAUAUAUAUAUAUAUAUAUAUAUAUAUAUAUAUAUAUAUAUUUGUGUGUGUUUCAGUAAUGUAAAAACUAAAACUAAAAUGAUAUUUUGUUUACAGCUGUCUAAUGAUCUUUAAUGUCUUUAAUUUUUUGAUUAAAAGAGUUACUUUAAAAACAAUGUCGAGGACGCUUGGAGUAGAAUUAAAACUACUACUUACUGCACAAGAUUCAUUAACAGUACUUGCAAGAACGACGAAAAAAAAAAAAAAUGAUAUAAAAGAAGUGAUUGAUUGAUUUUGAAUAGAAGUGGUGUACUAAUAGAUAUUUGGCUCCAAACAGCAAACAGAUAUUAUUAAAGAGAUACAGAUAUUUUUUAAAUGUAAAAGAACAGCAUGUUACUGUCUGAGACCGAUUCACAGAUAAAGGUUUGCAUUGUUGUUACAGCGUGUUAGAUAUGAUUUUAAUGGGAUGCUCAGUUUGUGAGGAGGAGAAUUAAUCUAACCUGAUUAUUGAGAAUUGAUCUUGUCUUCUGUGGAUAAACUGAUCAUCUCUUACAACUCUCUCUCUAUACCUAUAGAUAACUAGUAAAGAUAAUACCAAAAACAGCAGAUCUUCAGCUAGGGUUCCAAAGCUCUAUUGCAGACAGGUUAAAAUUAGAUGAAUUUUUGUGCAAGAGCACCAGUAAAAUGUGUGAUUUUAUUUUUUUUUUUGCAGCAUAUUACUUUGUGCCAUCUUCAGCAUCUUUCUUUGUGGAUUUCAGUUCAAAAACACUUUAUGUAUCAGCAAAGCUGGCAAAUCAUUAUUAUUUUUCUUUUCAUAAAUUAUUUUUAUGUUUUAAGUGUCAAAAAUGCAAAAAUGCAAAACUUCUGACUGAUAACUUAAGGUUCACGUAAUGCAUUAGGAAUAUUUAUUUGUCUGUAUUACACAUACUCAAAAUUGUGUGUAUAAAGGUGUAAUUUUGUUCAAUGU